GCGCCCGGCGCGAAGAUGGCGGCGGCGGGGGGCGUGGCCGGGCAGGUGCGCGCCCGGGGCCGCUCUAGGCGCGGGGUCGCUGCGCGGGCGGACCGCGGCGGCGGAGCCAUGGCGGCCGGGCGGGCGGACGCGUGCGGGCCGCUGCUCACCUGGCUGCAGACCUUCGCCCCCCCCUCGCCGUGCGCCGCCCCCCGCGACCUGGCGAGCGGCGUGGCCCUGGCCCACGUCCUGCACUGCGUGGACCCCUCGUGGUUCACGGAGACGUGGCUGUCCCGGAUCCGCGACGACGCCGAGGACAACGUGCGCCUCAAGACGAGCAACCUGCGCAAGGUGCUGCAGAGCCUCCUGGAGUACUGGCAGGACGUGCUGGGGCAGCCCGUGGCGGAGCGGCACGUGCCCGACGUGGCGCUGGCGGCCGAGCGGGCCGACCCCCAGCAGCUGGGCAAGCUGGUGCGGCUGGUGCUGGGCUGCGCCGUGAGCUGCGAGAGCAAGGAAGAGCACAUCCAGCGCAUCAUGACCCUGGAGGAGUCGGUGCAGCACGUGGUGAUGGCGGCCAUCCAGGAGCUGCUGGCUAAGGAGCCCUCGGAGGCGACGACGGCCGAGACGUACGGGAGCUUCGACAGCCAGUUGCGCCGCUAUUACUACCUGAGCGAGGAGCCCGAGGAGGCCGAGGGGCCGCAGCAGCGCUGCCUCGACCUGGAGCUGCAGGUGGCGGCGCUGCUGGAGGAGAAGGGCAGCCUGGCGCGGGAGAACCAGGCGCUGCGCGAGCACAAGGCCCGGCUGGAAGCGGCCGCCGCCGGCCUCGCCGCCAAGAAGCUGCUGCUGCUGCAGAGCCAAGUGGAGCAGCUGCAGGAGGAGAACUACAGGCUGGAGAGCGGCAAGGAGGAGCUGCGGGCGCGCUGCGAGGCGCUGGAGCGGGAGGCGCGGGGGCUGCAGGAGCGCGCCGAGGAGCUCACCGGCCUCGCCGGCGAGGCCCGCGCCCUCAAGGACGAGAUGGACGUGCUCAGGCACUCGUCGGCCAAGGCGGGGCGGCUGGAGGCGGCGGUGGCCUCGUACCGGCGGCGGCUGGAGGCGCUGGGCGACCUGCGGCGGCAAGUGCGGGCGCUGGAGGAGCGGCACGCGGCCCAGCUGCGCCGCACCGGGCAGCUGGAGCAGGAGCUGGGCCGGGCCCAGGCCGGGCGCGUCCAGCUGGAGGCGGCCCGCAGGCAGGUGGAGGAGCUCAGCGGGCAGCAGGCGGCGGCGGCGCUGCGGGCCGACAAGUGGCAGCUCGAGUUCAGGAACCUGGAGGAGAAGUUCGAGGCGCUGAGCAAGGAGAAGGAGCGGCUGCUGGAGGAGCGCGACGCCCUGCGCGAGGCCAACGAGGAGCUGCGCUGCGCCCAGGUGCAGCAGAGCUGCCUGCGCCAGGCCGACGCGCUGCAGGGCGAGAGCUCGUCGCCCGCAGACAACCUGGCAGCCGAGAUCCUCCCGGCAGAGCUCAGGGACACGGUGGCGCGGCUGCAGCAGGAGAAGCGGCAGCUGGGGGCCCAGGAGGCCUCGCUGCGGCGCCAGCGGGACCAGCUCCGCCAGCAGCUCGCCGAGGCCAACCGGGCCCGCGGGCACCUCGAGGCCCAGCACAGCAGGCAGGAGGUGGCGCGGGCGGCCGAGCUGCGGGCGCAGGUGGCCGAGCUGCGGACGGCGCUGGGGGCGCAGGGGGACCCCGAGGACGCGUCGGAGCUGAGGCAGAAGCUGGAGGAGCACCUGGAGAAGCUGCACGAGGCCCAGGCCGAGCUGCAGAGGAGGAAGGAGGAGCUGGAAGAGCUGGAGCCCCCCGCCGACAGCACCACAGCGCGGCGCAUCGAGGAGCUGCAGCUGAGCCUGCGCCGCAAGGACGAGGCCAUGCGCGCCAUGGAGGGGCGCUACCGGCGCUACGUGGAGCGGGCCCGCGCGGUGAUGAAGACGCUGGAGCCGAAGCCCCCGGGCGCCGCCGUGCCCCCCGCCGUCCGCGCCCUCCGCAACCAGCUGCAGGAGAGGGAGGCCCAGAUCCAGCACCUGGAGAGCGACUACGAGAAGCUGCGGGCGCAGCGGGAGCAGGAGGAGCGGCUGGUCAUCACCGCCUGGUACAACAUGGGCCUGGCGCUGCAGCAGCGGGCGAGCGACGAGGGGGGGGGCCCGGGCGCUCCCCCCGGGGGGGCUCAGUCCUUCCUGGCCCGGCAGCGCCUGGCCACGGCCGCCCGCCGCGCCCGGCCCCCCCCGGGCCCCUGACACCCCCCCCCCCCCCCAAAUCCUCGGGCUGGUCCCGUUUUAGCUGCUGCCCAAAGCGGGGUCUGGCCCUGCCGCCCCCCCUCCCCGGGGGGGGGCCUUUCUGCCCCCCCCCACGGGGGCUUUUAGCACUACUCCCCCUCUAUUUUUGUACCCCUUUUUCUCCCCCCUGAAAUAAAGACACUGGAGCCCCG